GCCUCUCAGCCAGAGUGUCCCAGGCACCACAGUGGCUGUUGGGGUUGGUGCACGUGAAGGAUGAGGAAAGCCAGGGUGCAGGGGCUUCUGUGGAUGCUCUUCAUCUCAGAACUCCAAGCUGCAAAUGAAGUAACAUUUCGAAAAAGAGAAGGGGAGACCCUGAAUGUAAAUUGUCCCGUCGCCAUCGAGAAGUAUGCCUUCACCCAGAAAGCUUGGCAGAGACUGGUGGAUGGAAGGGAGCCCCAGACGCUGGUUGUGACACAGAGUACUUCAGGGGAUCCUAGCCAAGUCAACGAGGGCAGGUACUCCCUAGAAGACAUCCCCUCCGAGGGCAUACUGCAUGUCCGAAUGACCAAUCUUCAAGUGAAGGAUUCAGGAAGGUAUCGGUGUGUGAUCUACUACUCUUCCAAAGAGCCGGAUGUCCUGUCCCCCCUUGUCCGGUUGGUGGUGACCAAAGACCCUUCAAGCACCACUGCCUCGGGUGAGGAUCAUACCAGGAAACUGCAGAUUCCCACCGUCCCUCCUACCACCACCAGGGCCCAGAUCACGCUCAUUACCAGACCCAGGACUGUGACCAAACUCCCACCUAAAUCAACUGUGGACCUCUCCUCUCUUAGCUUUGGAGUCAACAUCACAGAUGUGACAGAUGUCACCAGCUACGGUUUCAGGGUCUCUGUGAUCAGCAUCAUCAUUAUAGUGCUGUGUGGACUCCUGAGCAAGAGCCUCGUCUUCACAGUCCUGAUAGCUGUAACACAGAGGUCAUUUGGAUCCUAGGCUGGCGAACACAGGAGAGUGACCUCUGACUUCCACCCACGUCCAGCUGACAGUUGUUGGGAAGGAGGGAUGUGAGGGGAAGGGAAGGAGGGGCAAUGGCAGGAGUUGACUCUGUGACACGGGUUCUUUCUAAGGGUCAGGUCCCGCCUUCCCAGCCCUGUUAAUUCACUAAUAACCUUGGGGGUAUGAAUUCGCCCCCUCAGAAGAGAAGUUACCGCUGCAAAUAUUCCCAUUCUACCAGUGGCUCCAGAUUUGCCUUAAAUAAAGACAGAGUCCAAUUUGUUGCUG